CUUGACGCACGACUGUGAAACUUAACUAGACGUUGCGAGACCGAUACAACGAUCGGUUCAAAUAACUAUUAGUGGACUUUUAAAACUACAACAGAAAUGAAUGAGUGCCUAUCAACUUCGUGUCAUUCGAGCGCAUCGGGCAGUGAUAAUGUCUCAGUUUUCCUUCUACUAAUACGAAGUCUUCUGAUGGCACAAUGUGAAUUGACGAAUAAUCAAAAUUAUCCACCCGACCGCACAGCAGAAGCAAUGGAAAAAGCCAACAGUUUUUUUGACUUCAUCAUUGUUGGCGGUGGAUCAAGUGGCUCCGUAUUAGCCCGUCGACUGUCCGAUAUCAGCGAUUGGAAUAUUCUAAUGAUAGAGCGAGGCACGGACCCAUCGAUCAACAGCGACCUACCAGCGCUCUUACUACUGCUACAAAGCACAGAGGAAGAUUACAACUACAAGGUUAAGCCGAACGAUCGCUAUUGUCAGGGCAUGCGACACCAACAGUGCAUUUGGGCGAAAGGCAAGGCACUGGGUGGUAGUUCGUCCAUCAAUGCCAUGCUUCACGUGACUGGUACCGAUCGUGAUUACGACCUAUGGGCUGCCAUGGGCAACAAAGGCUGGGCUUACAAAGAUGUACGUCCGUACCUGCGAAAGAUCGAAAAUUAUCAUCCGGACAUUGUGGCCAAGUACGGGGAUGAAUUUUACGGCACUGGCGGACCCCUGACGCUGAGGAGCUACAACUACUCGGAGAGCGGCUUGCACGACAUACUCUCGUCGGCCGUGAAGGAGCUUGAUUGGCCUUACAUGGAGCUUUUGAACGGUGGCAAGUACGUUGGUUACGGAAAAGUCUAUGGGACUAUCGACAGAGGUGUAAGGCAAAACGUCGCCAGAGCCUAUCUUACUCCGAUUAAGGAUAGGAAAAAUCUUUACGUUGUCAAGUCGGCCCAAGUUACUUCCCUGCUAAUGAAAAAGAAUAAAGUGAUCGGAGUCAGAGUGACACUGAAAGAUGGCCGUAAAGUCAAAUUUGAGAGCAAGAAAGAAGUGAUACUCUCGGCGGGUAGCAUAGCCACUCCACAAAUUCUCAUGCUCUCUGGAAUAGGACCAAAGGAAGAGCUAAAAGCCCAAAAUAUACGCGUAGUGGCAGAUUUACCGGUUGGUAAAAAUCUGCAAGAUCACGUGAUUUGGUUAGGAGUUUAUCUAUCUUACGUCAAUCAAACUGCCCCACAAGUAUCACCUCACAUUUUGCAAGAUUGGGCGUAUGAAUUUUUGACUCGUCGUUCUGGAGAAUUUGCCACUGCAGGGGGAGUAGAUUUUCUCGGCUUUAUCAACACAAAAGAUUCUGCUGCCAAGUAUCCUAAUAUUGAAUUCCACCACAGUCUCAUGCCGCGGAAUCAACCUUUUAAAGCUAACGCGUUCAGUAAAGCGUUUAACUUUGAUGACAACCUUACGGACGAAUUAAAUCGAAUUAAUCAAGAAUCUGACAUUAUAAUGGUUUGCCCAGUACUGUUGAAUCCGAAGAGUGUGGGAAAAUUGAAAUUGCAAACUUCCAAGGUUAACGAUCACAUAGAAAUUCAUGCUAAUUAUUUCGAUAAGCGAGAAGACAUUGACGUUAUGCUGGAAUCGCUCAAUAGCGUGCGUGCUCUGUUGAAUACGACCACGUUCAAAAAAUUAGGAAUCAAAUUGCGACCAUUGAAUAUUCCAAAAUGUGCCGAAUACAAUACCGAGUCUAACGAAUAUUGGGAAUGUAAUUUGAGGCAUACAUCUGCCAGUGUUUAUCAUCCAGUAGGGACUUGCAAAAUGGGCCCUGCCGACGAUAAAACAGCCGUCGUUGAUUCGUUUUUGAAAGUCCACGGUAUUAAAAAUCUACGAGUAAUUGACGCCUCGAUUAUGCCCAUUAUAACGAGCGGAAAUACUCAUGCGCCAACUUUAAUGAUUGCUGAGAAGGGAUCUAGUUUGAUCAAAGAAGAAUGGCACAUUAAAGACGAACUAUAAUAAGAAAUUAUCAAUUUUACAACGAAUAUAUAAUUUAUAUAUGAUUGCUAUUGAUUUUUACUUAUAAAUAGUUUUAUAAUUACUGACUUUUUAUUAACAAGAAAAAAAAUUUUUAAAUGGUUAUUUUAGUGUAAAAAUAUCCAAUCAUCAAUUGCUUUGAUAAAUAAAAAAUUAUUUAAGACGAA